GAGCUUUGAAACAAUUCGCGUCUCUUUUCCAGCAACUCCAGCAGUCUAGUGCUACUACAACACUGGCUGACCUUGAGUUGGUAACGCGCGAUGAUUUGGAAACAAUAUGGAGCUGGAAUGGUAACACCUUACCAUCUAUAGAUCUUUGCAUCCAUACUAUUAUCGAACAACAUGCUCGCGAUCAGCCAGAAGUAGUCUCUGUGCAAGCAUGGGAUGGACAGUUGACUUACAGCGAGUUGAAUAAGCUAUCUUCGGUUCUUGCCCACCGAUUAGUGGAACUAGGCAUCGGGCCUAAUCAGCUGAUCCCUUUGUGUUUCGAAAAGUCUAUGUGGACAAUAAUUGCAUUGCUUGGUGUUCUUAAAGCAGGCAGUGGAUUUGUGCUCCUCGACCCUUCCCUCCCUCAAGAGCGAUUGCGCACUAUAGCUCAUCAAACACACUCCAACUUUAUACUCUCUUCCAUAUCUUCCCAUUCUGUCAGCAUGCAAUUACUCGAUAGAGUCAUUGUAAUUAAUUCAGAAUUCUUUGUCAACAUAUCUAGCGGGCCGCUGUUUGUACCGGAGCCAGACCCAGCCUCUGUCAUGUAUGUCGUAUUCAUAUCCGGCAGCACAGGCACACCUAAAGGAGCCAUAAUCAGCCACAGAAACUUCUCCUCAGCCAUGGCAUAUCAACUGGGGUACUAUAAGGUCGCCGAUCAGAUGAGGAUGUUUGACUUUGCCUCUUAUAGUUUCGUUGUUUCAAUUGCAAAUUUAUUCAUUGCCCUUACUGCGGGUGGCUGCAUUUGUAUCCCUAGCGAGCAUGAUAAGAGAAAUAGACUGGGAGAGAGUAUUGUAUCACUGCGUGCUAAUGUUAUCCACCUUACUCCUUCGGCCUCGAGACUUAUCACCCCAGACUUAGUUCCUAAAGUAGAGCUUGUCAUAUUCUCUGGCGAAGGCCUUCAUGCUGAAGAUAUAAAAGUCUGGUGGGGGAAAGUACGGGUGAUGAAUGUUUUAGGGCUCUCAGAAUGCGCACCUAGAAGUGUGCUCAAUGUUGAUGCCCAAUCACCAGAGCAGGCGACACGAAUUGGGAAAGGUAUAGGGCAAGUGACAUGGGUGGUCGAUCCUGAGGAUCAUAAUCGUCUGAUGCCGAUUGGCGCCGUUGGAGAAUUACUUCUAGAAGGCCCCCUUGUUGGACUUGGCUAUUUAAACGACGAAGGGAGAACCGCACAGUCUUUUAUCCAUAGCACUCGAUGGCUGGUUGAAGGCUGUCCGUCCAAACGCUCUGGAAGACAGGGACGGCUGUAUAAGACAGGCGAUCUCGUUCGCUAUAAUCAGGACGGCAGCCUAUCUUAUGUAGCCAGAAAGGACGCGCAAGUAAAACUCCGCGGUCAACGUGUCGAGCUUGGAGAAGUGGAGUAUCAAAUCAAGGAGGCCCUUGCGAAUGUUGAGAAAGUGGUGGUUGAUGUUAUCAGUCCUCAGCGGGAAAAGGCCAGUAAUCCUAUCCUCGCAGCAUUCACUCAACCAAAUGGAUUACCGUCCGUUUCAGCUACGAGUGACCUAUAUAAGGCGACAAUAUUUUCUGUUACACCACACAACGAAGAACGUUUAGCAAGAUAUCUUCCUUCCUACAUGAUACCCACACUGUUUUUCACCAUGUCUAAACUACCCACCACACCAACUGGGAAGAUAGAUAGAAGGAAAUUGCGAGCACUCGGCAGCUCUUUCUCUCUCCAGGAAUUGGCAGAUUUGCGAACUACAAGUCUAUUUCCUAAGCGAAAGCCGAGCACUAAAUUGGAGCAACAAAUCCAAUCACUUUGGAGUCAGUUGCUUAAUCUCAAGCUCUCGAGCAUCGGCUUGAACGAUACUUUUGUGCAGCUUGGGGGCGAUUCUCUCGGAGCCAUGAAACUUGUCAGCGAAGCUCGAGAAAUUGGUCUGGCUUUAUCUGUUGCGGAUGUUCUAGGCUCUUUGUCAACUCUAGAAGAAUGGCAAGCAAAGUGCAACAAGUGUCUCUCCACAGUCCAGUUGCUAUCUCUGCUUUCCAGCUUUUACCGCAAGGAUCUGAUCUACAACUGCUAUCCGAUGAUAUGCAGCGACGGUAUGGGAUUCAAAAAGAAGCCAUUGCAGAUAUAUACCCGUGUACGCCGCUCCAGGAAGGGCUUUUUUCACUUUCAGUAACGCAGGGUGACUACGUUGCCCAACGCAUUCUGAGAUUGGCAUCAGACAUUGACCUUAAUCGGUUCCGUACAGCCUGGGAAACGGUAUUUGAG